UUGAAAGUCACUCUGUAUCGACUUACAAUUAGCGCCUGUCAUUCUCAAGUAUUUGAGGAAACUAUUCGGAUUCGUCCUUCUAAUCUUUCAUUCAUACCCAGGCAGUGCAGCUCGGUUACUUCCUAGCACCACACUACUAGGUACGCAGGAAGGUACGGACGGCCCUACUGUUUUUAUCAACCUGCAAUCAACAACAAAACGCCCACCAACUUUUUCAACUCACUUCUUCCCAAUUACAACCAACAUUUUGCCAUCAUCAAUUUCACCCACCAAAUUCUGCCAUCAAUAUGACUGUCAUCGGUCUUCUCGGCGGCGGCCAACUCGGCCGCAUGCUUUGUGAGGCAGCCGCUCCUCUCGAUAUCGAAAUUGCCAUCCUCGACGAGGACAACGCACCGGCCAAGAAGAUCAACAGCAACAGCAAGCAUGUAACCGGGUCGUUCAAGGACGCCCCCAAGAUCAGGGAGCUGGCAUCCAAGACUGACGUUCUCACGGUUGAGAUCGAGCACAUCGAAACCGAAGUCCUGGAGGAGAUCGACGCACAGGGCAAAGUUGCCGUGCACCCGUCGUGGAAGACGCUCAGGCUGAUCCAGGACAAGUACGAGCAGAAGGAGCACCUGGGAAAGGAGGGUCUGCCCAUCGCCGAGCAGAUGGCCAUCGAGGGUGGCGCUGCCAUGCCCCCGUCCCUGUUGCUGGCGUCUCAGAAAUUCGGAUUUCCCUUCAUGCUCAAGGCCAGGAAAGGCUCUUAUGACGGCAGGGGCAACUUCAAGAUUUCGAGUGAGGCCGACAUCGACAAGGCGUUUGAGGAGUUUGGCACACUCUCCUGCUACGCCGAGAAAUGGGUGCCGUUCGAGCUGGAGCUGGCUGUCAUGGUCGUCCGGACAGAGGACAGCCAGGGCAAGACGAAGCGGGUCAUCCCUUAUCCAGCGGUCGAGACCAUACAUGAGGACAACAUCUGCUCCAAGGUCUUCAUGCCACCACGGACUGUCUCCGCUGCGAUCUGUGAGCGGGCGCAAAAAGUCGCCUGCGAUGUGGUCGAGAAGCUUUGGGGUAGGGGUGUGUUCGCCGUUGAGAUGUUCUUGACUAGUGAGGGCAAGAUUCUGGUUAACGAAAUCGCGCCUCGACCACACAACUCGGGCCACUACACCAUCGAGGCCGUGCCGCAUAUGUCACAGUACAAGGCACAGCUCUUCUCGAUCUUGGACGAGUCCUUCCCCGAGGUUCUUGAGCCUAAUGUGCAAUCCAGCAUUAUGGUGAAUGUCUUGGGCGGCGCCAACCCCGAUUCUCACCACAGACUCAUCAAGCAAGCCAAGAACCUGCACGGCAAAGGCAAGGCUGUCUACCCCCACAUGUACGGCAAAGAGUCCAAGCCGAGCCGCAAGAUUGGCCACAUCACCAUCACAGGGUCGUGCUCCAUCGAGGAGCUGGAGAAGUUCGCCCAGCCCUUGAUCCAGACCGCAGACGAGAUCCGCCGGGAGCGCCUCCAAGCGUCCAGCAAGGCCCUCCGGCCAACAGAGGCAGCCAAGUCGGCAGCAGCCAAGAAGGAGCCCCUGGUCCUGGUUACCAUGGGUUCCGACUCGGACCUGCCCGUGCUCAAUGCCGGCAUCGACAUCCUGAAGCAGUUCGGCGUCCCCUAUACAGUAGACAUCACGUCUGCGCACCGGACGCCGAGGACGAUGGACAAGGUGGCCACCGAGGCUGCGUCCAAGGGAAUCAAGGUCAUAAUCGCCGCCGCGGGAGGAGCUGCCCACCUUCCGGGCAUGGCCGCGGCUUUUACCGCGUUGCCCGUCAUCGGUGUGCCUGUCAAGGCGACACAUCUCGAUGGGAUGGACAGUUUGCUGAGCAUCGUGCAAAUGCCGAGAGGUGUUCCCGUCGCAGCGGUGGCGAUCAACAAUUCGACAAACGCGGCGCUGCUGGCCAUCCGUAUCCUGGGAUCGUUCAUGCCUGACCUGCACGACAAGAUGAAGGAUUACCAGCUCGAUAUGGAGAAACAGGUUCAUGACAAAGCAGACUUGCUCAAGGAGAUUGGCGUGUCGGCCUACUUGGAGAAGAUGGGGAAGAAGUAGAGAUUAUUCUCGUUGGUACUAAGUAUGCUAUCAUCGCUAUUACCCUGGUAGUUUAAUACAUGUCUUCACCUAUUGUCCUAUCGGUGAAUAAACUCCUGUGAGAUUACCUCUUGGGUGUUAACCUGA